AUGCCACAGCCAUACUCCAACAAGUACUACAAGCAUUGGGACCGAGGAGUGUACUGCUGUAUAGUGGGGCAGGGAAAACUCUUCCUCUCACACACUAAUAUGACUGGGGGUCAGGCUGGCCUGCCUUCUAAUAUCUCGUAAAACAAAGUUUCUCUCAAAAAAGAUCUCUCACAGGUUGGUGCCAACCUUCUGCUCUUGGUGUGCAAUCCAUCUUUGGCAAGGACAGAGGUUGCAUGUGCAACAUGUGGUGCACAUAUUGGUCAUGUGUUUGAUGAUGGACCUAAGCCCACAGGACAGCGCUUCUGUGUCAAUUCUUCGUCCCUCAUCUUCAAGCCUCAUGGACCAGUUGAUGAAAACUCCACCCCAAAUUUAGAAAGGAUGGAGAAAGUGUGGUCAACAUCAGUGCCACGACCAGCAGAACCAAUGGUACAUCUUGCCUCCCCAUCAAAUUCAUGUGCCCUUGGAGCUCGCAUGUGCUUCCGAGUAUCUAACAUGGAUGCAUGUGAGGCAACCACACCGCAGUCUUGAGACACAC